AUGCUGAAUAUCAGCAGACUCUCCCUGAGCCCCCCUCACUCCUGGGCAUCAUACCAUCUGCUGCAGCCACUCUGGGAUCAUUUGCUUCAUCACCACAUGUCUCUUGUCUCAUCUCCCUUUUUUCCAGUCAUCCUUGCUUUCUCCAGCUACAUUUUCUUCAGUUUCCCUUUUGCUGUGCUGGACCUUUUGGGGGAGAGGCUCCCUUUAUUCCACAAGUACAAGAUCCAGCCAGAGAAGAGGCCAACACUGGGAAUGAUGGCCAAGAGCUUCAUGACAUGUCUGUAUAACCACGUUUUCUUUGUUUUACCAGCUGUUAUAAUUGGCAUGUUCAUACUUCCAACACCAACCCUGCCGCAAGAUGCCCCCACGUUAUAUCAGGUUUUUACUGAGGGACUGGCUGUUCUGCUCCUCUUUGACACCCAGUACUUCAUAUGGCAUUUUUUGCAUCACAAGAACCCCCAGCUUUACCGCUGGGUGCAUGCAGUUCACCAUGAAUACAAGGCACCAUUCUCCUGGUCCACAGAGCAGCUCAGCAUCCCAGAACUGAUGACUGUGGGCUUCUGGAGCAACCUGGACCCAAUUCUUUUGAAGUGUCACCCACUGAGCACAUGGUGCAUUACAGUUCUCAGCAUCGGGAUGUCUGUGGAAGACCACAUAGGCUACGACCUGCCUUGGACCCUCAACCACCUGGUGCCUUUUGGUCUGCUGGGUGGAGCCCCAGCUCACGACAUGCACCAUCAGAAGCCGAGCAGCAACUAUGCUCCUUUUUUCAGCCACUGGGAUCGGAUCUUUGGCACCGCUGUCAGUCUGAAGAAAAACAAUGUUUAA